AUGUACUCUUCUUCCAACCAACGCAUCAUCACUUGGUUGAUCCUAAUCUUGAUUUUAAUAUACGUACUCUACUCUUCCAAUCUUCUCCUCUUAACCAAUAAGAAGCGAGAUUGUGCCACUUCCAUGCAUUUAGAUACCGCCACCGAAGAACAACUUGAGAUGAGUGGUAAUCUAUCUUCAACUACAGCUAUCGUUGAAAGUACAGUUGCUGAAGAGAAAAAAAUAAGAGAGGAUGAAAAAGAAAAGGAGGAGGAGGAGGAAGCAGAAGAAGAAGAAUUACCACUUGAUCAGUUAUCUCAACGACAGGACACGGAGCUCAAACACGUCGUUUUUGGGAUAGCAGCUUCAUCGAAUUUGUGGGACAUAAGAAAAGAAUAUAUCAAGGUGUGGUGGAAGCCUAAUCAAACCAGAGGGGUAGUGUGGUUGGAUAAAAAAGUGAGCACUGCAGCAAGUGAGGGCUUACCACAGAUUCGAAUUUCUGGGGACACCACAAAAUUUAAGUAUUCGAAUCGUCAGGGGCAGAGAUCUGCUUUGAGGAUUUCGAGGGUAGUAACAGAGACAUUGAAGCUUGGGAUGGAGGAUGUGAGAUGGUUCAUGAUGGGAGAUGAUGACACAGUGUUUAUGGUGGAUAAUGUGGUUAGAGUUCUUUCCAAGUACGACCACACUCAGUUCUAUUAUGUUGGGAGCUCAUCCGAGAGCCAUGUUCAGAACAUACAUUUCUCGUAUGCCAUGGCAUAUGGUGGGGGAGGAUUCGCUAUAAGCUACCCGUUGGCUAAGGAGCUCGCAAAGAUGCAGGAUCGUUGCAUGCAGCGUUACCCUGCUUUAUAUGGCAGUGAUGAUAGAAUGCAAGCUUGCAUGGCUGAGCUAGGGGUGCCAUUAACCAAGGAACGUGGGUUUCACCAGUAUGAUGUGUAUGGGGACCUAUUAGGCCUUCUGGGAGCACAUCCUGUGACCCCACUAGUGACAUUGCACCACCUUGAUGUAGUGCAACCGAUAUUCCCAAAGAUGAAUCGAGUACAAUCCCUGAGGCACCUAAUGAAAUCCGUCAAGCAAGACUCUGGCAGCAUUAUGCAACAAUCAAUAUGCUACGACAAAAAGAGAUAUUGGUCCAUCACUGUUUCAUGGGGCUAUGUGGUUCAAGUUCUGAGGGGAGUAUUGUCCCCUAGAGAGUUAGAGAUGCCGACGCGGACCUUUCUCAAUUGGUAUAGAAGAGCUGAUUACACUGCGUACGCAUUCAACACAAGGCCUGUAACUAAACACCCGUGUCAGAAAGCGUUCCUUUACUAUAUGAACAACACUAGAUAUGAUCCAGCCAAGAAGCAAAUUAUCGGUACUUAUUCCCGUUACAAGUCUAAACCUCCUUACUGCCGGUGGAAAAUGGACUCACCAGAGGAAAUCAAUACUAUCAUAGUUUCAAAAAGACCAGACCCUUUACGAUGGCAAAGGUCACCAAGGAGGGACUGUUGUAAAGUUCAACCAUCACGUAAGGGAUCAACAAUGUACAUAUGGGUGGGCAAUUGUCGAGAGGGAGAGGUUAGUGAAUUGAUUCUUUAA